AAGUGUAUUUGUUUGGGAAGGUGCUCUGCUAUUUUUAUUCAUUAUUAUUUAUGAUUUAUGGAUACGGCCCUGUUAAAAAUAUAACCGGUGGAUGCCUACUUACAAGUUGAGUAGCAUCAGGGCACUUCACAAGGAAGUUCCAGCCACCCAUUCACCUCUGAACCGCUCGACCAUGGCGGCAGCGGCGGCCGACCGCUCGGAAUCGGUCCGCGAUGACCUGCGGCGGUUCCUGCGCGGCGCCACUCACGAGACGCGUCUCAGUCAGCAAGAGCUGACGCACACGGCUCUGAAACUACUGCGUAGCCUGCCGGCGGCGCGGCAAGCCGGCCUUGAAUACCUCAGUACAGUGCUAGGUGAAUGCACAGCUCAGUUCGUCACACAAUUGGAGGAGGGCGAUACGCCGGAGGGCGCCGCCGCGGCCGCCGGUGGCGAGGACGACCUGGUGGCCGAGAUCGGUGCCACCCUCUCCUCACUCCUAGAGGCGGCGCCGGCCGGCUGGGUGCCGCUCAUCUCGGCCUGGGCGCUGGAGCUGCUCGGACGACUGUCGGCGCGGUACGCGGCGCGCGCUCACGUCCCCCACUCGGCCGGCCUGAACGACUCAGUGCAGCUGUGGCUGUGCUGUCCGGCCACGCGCGCCCUCGUCACCGUCACGGUGCAGUGUGUCAGGCGGGACACGGAUGUGUGCAUCAAGCCACUCCUGGAGACGUCGGCCACCUACACGCCGCACUUUGACUGGGUGGUGGCGCACAUUGGCUCCUGCUUCCCGGGGACUAUCAUUGAGCGCGUGCUGGCGGUGGGCCUCAGAGAGUUCUGCGCCCAGAAGCCGACCGAUGCGGGGGAGCUGUCCGGCCAGCUAAACUCCGUCGUCAGCAUUUUGGGACAUCUCGCCGACCGGAACUCGUCGGAAAUAUGCGAGGCACUAAAGGCGCUCUUCCAGGAGAGUGUCGGACCGCCGGAGUCCCCCGGCGUCCCGCCCAGCACGAGCGUCAGUACUGGCGGCGCGUCGUCCUCGGAGACCCGUCUCGCCACCGUGCCCUUUCUGCUGCACCUGGCCAGCCUGUCACCCAUGCUGCUGAUCACUCUGAGCACGGAAAUCGCCAAAACGGUGACGGCUCAGCAGCUGGCCGUGGUCGCCGAGCAGCUUCCCUCCUGGAUCCCUCGCCACUUUGCCACCACCGAGAGCCUUCUCUCGCUGGCCGUUCACCUGGUACUGGGGCCGAGCACCCGCUCCAUGGCCCGAGAGAUGCAGCUGGGCUGUGAGCGCGGAGCCAUCACACUGCUGCAGCUGCUGCUGCGGGCCGCUGACCACGGACAGAGCGUCGGAAGAGCCGCCGAACACCUGCUGGAGCGGGUGCUGUCGGAGCUGCAGCGGCUGGUGUUCGACUGCCAGCCCGGCUCGGCGCCGGACGUACCGCUGCUGACCGCCCUGCCGGACGCCCUGCCACAGCUCGCCGCCCACCUCUCUGCCGACGACCAGCGCGCGCGCCGCUGUGUCCAGCUCCUGGCCACGGCCGCCACGGCACGCGGCCCAUCCGCCGCCGCCCACACCCUCAGCCGCCUGCUGGAGCGACCUGAGCUGCGGCUGGCCACCCCGCUGCGCAUGCUGCGCGCCCUCGAGUCCAACUUUCCGACUGUGUUUGUGGAGGCGUUCCGUCACGCGUCGGCCGAGAGCGCGGCGCCGGAGAGGGUCCUGCGCUCGGUGGUACGUCUGCUGCGCUGGGAGCGACGCCAGCAGGCCGGCGCCUGGCUGCAGACACCCCUGGCCGGUGCGGUGUCCGAGUGCGCGCCGCUGCUGGCGGAGAGACUGACAGAGCUGGGUACCGCUGACGCGGCCAUCGAGGCGCUGGCGCUACUGGAGCUGCCUGACUCUUUGGCCGGCAGCAGGCAGCUCAGUCUGGCGGAUAGUGUGGUGGGUUAUCUGUUCUACUGCCUCCGCCGCGGGGAUCGGCCGGCCGCCAUGCUGCGGCGGACCCGUCUGGCUCAGCAGCUGCUGGCCCGUCUGGCCGGCCAGCCGGUCUGUCUGCCGGCCGUGCUACGCGCGCUGCUGCACGCCGCUCUGCAGCCUCACCUGGCGCCGCUGCUGGGCGCCUCCGAGGGCAGACCGCCGCCCGGCCCGGCGUCCCGCUCACUGCUCGAGGAGAACAGACUUCACUGGAGGAUCGUCACCGUGCCGCAGGCGCACACCACCGUCUUCCACGCCGGUGUGAUCGGCGAGGGCCGUCGGCCGGACGCGGCGCCGCCGGUGCUGCCACCUGCCGCCGCCCGACUCAACUGUGAGCUCGUGGUGGAGACGGUGUCGCGCUGUCUGGCGGCGGCACGGAGCCCCGACGACGCGGCGCGCACCCUGGCGCUGCUCCUUGUCGAGUUCAUAUCGCCAGAUGUGAUGUUCAAUGGCCUCCCCUGGCCCGAGGAGGAGUUCAUGAAGGUCACGAUGGAGAGGGACCUCAAGAUGCGCCGUUUCUUCGACGACCACCCGCUGAGCUGGUGUCUGUUGGAGCUGGUGGCCCGCCGGCCGCCGGCCAUCUGCUACUGUUCGGUACUGCUGCGGGCGCUGGCGGCGACACUCAUACAGCACUGGUCAUCAACUCAGGAGUCUCUGGCGAGUAAGUGCUCCAGCCAGCUAGAAGUGACGGAACGCCUGCUCUAUGUGAUGGCCCUGGGACGUCUUCUGCCGCCACCGCUCACACUCAUACCGGAGAUGCUGGCCAGCCUGACGUCACACGAGGUGUACCUGCUGUUGACGGACGUGUGGGCCUACAUGCGGGACACAGUGCCGACGCCAGCCGCCUUCACCCUGGACGCCAACGGCGUGACCAGCCGCUCGUUCCCGCCGCUCGAGAGUCGCUUCACCACCAACUUGUUACUGGUACUGCAGAACAACGUGGCCAAACUGGGACACUUGUUUCCGCAGGUGCGCGCGGCAAUAGCCAAUGACCAGGCCCGGAACGGUAUUCCCGUUGGACUGGAACGGGACAUGGCCAUCAUGAGGGAACGCGAGAGGGAACGAGAACGGGACAGGGAGGGACGGGAGGGAAUGUGAGGGGUGUGAGGGAGGGAGGUGACAGAACAUGGUGCUGUGACCUGCAGAGGGGCUGGUGUGGUGCGAUAGUGACGGGAGUGAAGUGAAAUGACUUAGUGUUUGUGGCGACCAGGUGGUUGAUCGUUACGUAUAAUGAUGUGCUGGUGUAUGGUCGUGUCCAUGCAACGCUCCCGCGCCCGCGGAUCUCACUGCAGCCGUGCCCACAAAACAGCCAAUACAAACGGGAUUUAUUCA